CUCCCGGCUCACCUCCCCACCCCACCUGCCCGCUGCGGCUCUCCGCGGGAGAUCUCACCGUUCUGGAGACAGGGCUCGCUCGCUCUCAUUGUAGACUGGAAGAACGCGUAGUCUGGGCCUUAGGAAAGGCCCAUGCUGUAUAAGGCAUGGGGAAAGGAAAGGAAGAAAGGCAACGAACAAGAAGGAGGGCUUCCAACUGCCGCUUCCUGCUGGCCGCAGGCAGGCCUCCCUUCCUAAGCUGAGCUGAGGCUUCCUCUCCCUGGGCUGGGGAGGGGGCGCCAGGAGGCCUCGGCGGGUCGGUAAUUGGCCCGGACAGCAGUUCUCACGAAAGGUCUUGGGCCGGCAUCAUCAGCCUCACCUGGGAACUGGUUAGAAAUACAAAUUCCCUCGGCCCCACCCAGACCUACGCCAAGGGCAGCUGUGGAGUGGGGCGCGGCGAUGCGCGCGUUAACAGCCCUCCAGGCUUCUUAGCCCGGGCUUGAACAGCCGCCCUUCGGCCAGCGGGGAUGAGGUUGCGCUGCGCUCCGGGAGCGCCGAUGGCGUGACUGGCCCCGCGCGGAGCAGCGACAGUAAGGCUGAGUAGGGGGGAGCUGGGACCUAAGCCGCGCGCACACCCCCUUCUCUGCGUCUGGUGGAGGUGCACAGAGGCUUUUGAGUCAGGCCCAAGCGCAGCCAGGUGACCUCCCCGCGGGCUUUCAAGCCUGGGCUCGGUGGACAGCUCCCUCUCCCGUGAGUCCCGCGGUCCUGUACGCGCCCGGUCGAGCCCCGGGCUGCGCGCCCCGCUAGGAGGUGGGUACUCGUCCUCCAGGAGUUGCCGGUGAGCCCUUGACCGUGGCAGGUCCUCUCCAGCUGCGAGCGACCCCUCAGUACCUGCCGACGCCUGCUGGCCUCUGGCAUCCUCCAGUCGAGGGUCAGGGUCAGGGAGCAAGGCCUCACGCCGGCGCCCUCCUUGCAGCUGCCCGGCCAGCCCGCUUCUCCGCCCGGAGCCAUGAAUCUCAGUAGCGCCAGUAGCACGGAGGAAAAGGCAGUGACGACCGUGCUCUGGGGCUGCGAGCUCAGUCAGGAGAGGCGGACUUGGACCUUCAGACCCCAGCUGGAGGGGAAGCAGAGCUGCAGGCUGUUGCUUAAUACGAUUUGCUUAGGGGAGAAAGCCAAAGAGGAGAUGCAUCGCGUGGAGAUCCUGCCCCCAGCAAACCAGGAGGACAAGAAGACGCAGCCGGUCACCAUUGCCUCACUCCAGGCCUCAGUUCUCCCCAUGGUCUCCACAGUAGGAGUGCAGCUUUCUCCCCCAGUUACUUUCCAGCUCCGGGCUGGCUCAGGACCCGUGUUCCUCAGUGGCCAGGAACGUUAUGAAGCAUCAGACCUAACCUGGGAGGAGGAAGAGGAAGAAGAAGGGGAGGAGGAGGAGGAGGAAGAGGAGGAGGAAGAUGAUGAGGAUGAGGAUGCAGAUGUAUCUCUGGAGGAGGAAAGCCCUGUCAAACAAGUCAAAAGGCUGGUGCCCCAGAAGCAGGCGAGCAUGGCUAAGAAAAAAAAGCUGGAAAAAGAACAAGAGGAAAUAAGGCCAAAGCCACAGCCAGAGCCAAGAAGCCAGGAUUCAAGAAAUGAGGAGCCACGCCUUGAGGGGCACGGUGCAAAGUGGGCCUUCCUUGGGCUGUGCUACGGGCACAGGGUGCCCCUGUCCAACACCUCCAUCUGUGUCUGAAUGUGACAGGGGUGUUGCGGGGGCAACAUGAGAGCCCCUCACCCCCAACUCUCCGCUCUCAGGAGGCCCCCAGUGAAGGGCCCCACCUCGGGGUCACAAUAAAGUUGCCUGGUCAGGACUUUCCUUCUCUUCCCUGGAGCCAGCCUCCUUGUCCGCUGCGCCAGCCCAAGUGCCCGGCAGAGGGCAGCCUUGAACCGGCGCACCCGGGCCCUGAGGUCAUACCCGCCUCCCUGCACCCAGCCACCGCAGCCUGAGCCUGCUGUGUCCCUCGUCCUCGGCACCCCCAAUUCUCCCCCAGUGGCCAGGGAAGAGCCUAGAGUCUGCCUUCUGCUGAGCUGUGUGUCAGGUGGACUUCCAGCCUGCACACUCCCUCUGGGCAGGGCUAGGUUUAUAGGCACCCAAGGGCUACGGCUGCUCAAGCUACCAGAAAGGGCCUCGCCCUAGGGGGCCAGCCCCCGGGGUCUCCUCCUGACCCUAUUCCUGUCAGGCAGCUACUGUGUGCAGAGCAGCUACAGGGAACUCAGGGACAUCUGCUCUCCCUGCUUGCUUCUUUUAGGGGCCAGCUCUUCUUAUAGGGACCUCCCACACGUGAAGAUCUGUGUCAGGCAGGA